AUGCGAGUGGUAUCAUUGCUUCCAUCAGCAACAGAAAUUCUUGCUUUAAUUGGCGCGGAAAUCGUCGGGCGCAGCCACGAGUGCGAUUGGCCGGAGGCCGUCCGCGAAAACGUCCCUGCGUUGACCGGCGCGUACAACAAGUUUGAGAACUCUGCCCAGAUGCAUGAUGCCGUCACAGAGUCCCUCAGCAGCGGCCAGGGUCUCUACUGGCUUGACUCGGAACGCCUGGCGCAGCUCCGUCCAGAUGCCAUCGUGACGCAGUCCCUGUGCUCCGUGUGCGCCGUGGAUCUUGACAUCGUGAGAAAGGCCACCACAAAGAUCUUUCCCCCUCCUCGCAUCAUUGACACCAAUCCCAUGAGCCUUCAAGACGUCAUAUCCGACGUACGCCGACUCGGCACCGAGCUGGGCCUGGCACAGAGCGGGGAGGCGGCGGCGGCGGCGCUGCAAGAGCGAGUAGACCGAGCCGUUGCCCGGGUUGUGUUCCUGGAAUGGACGGAUCCGCUGUUCCCCGGGGGCCAUUGGACCCCCCAGAUGGUUCACAUGGCGGGUGGCGUGCCCGAUCGUGGCGGCGGCGCACUGCCGUCCAAACAGAUUGAUCCAACGGAGGUGACUGAUAUGGAUCCGGAUCUCAUUAUUAUUGCACCUUGCGGUCUGGAUUUGAAAUCCACGCGGAAGGAGAUGGCGGCGCUGGAGGAGAAGCAGUGGUGGCGCGGCCUCCGAGCGGUCCGCGGCGGCCGUGUGGCGCUGGUGGACGGCAACCAGCACUUCAACCGACCCGGGCCGCGGCUGGUGGAGGCGCUGGAGUGGCUGGUGGGGCUGCUGGCAAACCGGGAUGACCUCAUGCCGCUUGACUUUCCCUGGGAGUGGUGGGGGAAAAAGGUGACGGCGGCGUCUGGGGCCCCAGCUGCGGCGGAAGCGGCGGCGGCGGCGGGCAGAGCUGGACGGGAGUGUGCGGGUGCUGCUGAAACGGAGGCGAAGGUUGCGGCAGCGACGGCAGGAGAGGAGGAGGCGACGGUGCUGUUGUAA